AUGAGAGAGUCAUAUGCCCAGGCUAAGUGUUCUUCUCCAGCAUUGGCAGUUGAUCCCAAGGCGAACAAGUUUAGCUCUGCAGGGGAUGCAUGCGUGUCUGAUAUGCUCAAGACGAACUUCCUAUCAAACCCGUCUUCCUGUGCUGAGUUGGUUGAUCAUAUCCGUCAGGCCGGCGAUCUUGGCACUUUCUCGAGCCUUUCCUUGGAAAAACAAAGGGAAUCAACAUUCCAUCUGAUUAAAAAGGAUUGGUUUUUGCUGCUGAGACUAUCCAGAACUCAUCUACUGUUGCCCCCUCUUCUGCCUAGCUUAGAGAGUUGGAGAAGAAGAACGCUGAAUUAG